AUGAGCGGCCAGGGACAUGAGCUCACGUUCGGCGACGAGCAGAUGGUGAACGCGGGUGCGGGCGGCUGGGGAAAGGGGACACUGGGGGAGGGCGCCAAGGGGCCGUUGUAUCCAUCCGUUCAGCGGGCCGUGCCCCCGGCGCAGCAGCUGUACCCGACCGUGACGCCCGCCAGCGCAGCCCCCGCGGCCGCGUCGCCCACGGGCGGCAGGCGGCCGGAGGGCAAAGGGAUGAAAUCGGCGGGGAAGGGGCUUGGAAGCCAGAAGGAGCGGGCCGAAGAGGAGGCAUGCAGGAUUCGGAUAUCCGUGACGGCCCCUCUGAAGGACAGCGGGCCGUCCAUCGUGCCAGGUGUCAAUGAGCCGUUCUACACGUACCUGGUCAACACUUCCACAACGCUCAUAUCGUUCGGACAGCCAGAGACCUCUGUCAGGCGCCGCUUCCGGGACUUCGUGGACUUUGCCAACCUCCUCAGAGUUAAUUUCAGGGGGUAUUUCAUACCACAAAGGCCCCACAGGAACAUCGUUCAAGGCAAGAUCAGGAUGUCGCCCUCAUUCAUAGAGGAGCGCAGGGCCAACCUGGAGAAGUACCUGAAGCAGUUGGCCCAGCACCCAACCAUAUCUCGCAGCGAGGAGCUGCGCACCUUUCUGGAGGCCGAAGGCCACCUCAGGGAGUGCACUGGCUGGAUUCAAUUGCACCCAGUUCAGCCUUCUUGGCUUGAGGGGGCCAAGCGGCUGGUGCGACAGAUGACUGGCCAGGAUUGGGUCCCCACACCCACAGAAGUAGCCCAGCAGCCCUCGGCGAAGCGCCAUGUGGUGCGCGCCCUCCGAGAGAGCUUUAAGAGCAUCAAGGAGAAGAGGCAGCCAACAAUGGAAUACCCGCCUCGUGAAGCGAAAUUGAGGAGAGAGACCGAGGCCAUGGAUGACUUUCAGCACACAGUCGACCAUGCUUGGAAGUGGGCGAGUUACUGGAUGGGUCGUUUUGAGUCCGUGGGGCGAGGACUGAAUGACUUUGGAGCAGAGAUGAAUGCUCUUGCCAAUUACGAGUUCGACUCAGGAUAUGUGAGGAUUCCAGCAGCGGCAGCAGUGGGGCGGGGCUGUGUGGAUGCCAGUGCAUUGCAUCAGCAGUUUGCCAACCAGACCAUGACACAUCUCUCGCACAUCCACGAGUACCAGGAGCGCAUGGGGAACGUCCUGAGGGCAUUCCGCAGCCGAGAACAGGCGCUCAUGACACUGCACACACUGGAUACUGACAUCAACAGCAAGAAACAGCUGCUCACAGAAUUGGAGGUGACAGUAGGGAAGGCCAACAAGGUAUUGAGCACAGAGCAUGACCUGCGUGCAUUAGAAGCAUCCAAAGCUGCUGCCCAGACGUCGUAUGACAAGCUUGCAGCAAACAAUGAGGAAGAGCUUGCAAGGUUCAGGGAGUUGAGGAGCAAGGACUGGGCAGACAUGCUG